CAACCUAGCCUGGGAACUUCCAUAAGCCACACGUGUGGCCCUAAAAAGCAAAAUAAAGUUCCUCUCCCAUCCUAAGAGAGUCUGAGUCUGUUCAUAGGUGCCCAAGCAAUGAGGGGGUCGGAUGGAGCUGGGGCAGGUAUCCCCCCUCCCCUACUGGCUCCCUACCUUUCCUCCCACCUACCUGGACACGGACACGUGGGCCCGGAAUGUGGGGUGGGGGGGUGCUGGUAGGUGGGAGGAAAGGUAGGGAGCCUCUAUCCAAGGCCUCAAGUUCACAAAGCGCCUUAAAUUAGACUUCUGAUGUUAUCGCCAAAUGAGGUUUUACACAGAGCCAUUGUCUGUUCACGUGUUUGAAGUGUUAAUGCGCUAAAUGUAAACAUUGAAAAUAUACCACAGCUUUUCAAUCCUGUUUGGCAUCUCACUUUUUAAAUUCCAGGAAGCUCAAAAACGGAAGAAGGAAGGUUCUCUGGAGUUUCUGAGGGGCCUUGAUGUAUGCCCCCAAAGGAAGAACGCGGAGUGGGGGCUAGGUGGAGGGAAGUUGCGCCCACAAAGGAGCAGUAAGUAAUAGGGCAGGAGAGGUGUGGGGACCCCAGAGCCCCGCCCUUUCUGCUGAAGCUCCUGAGGGGCCAGAACGCAGCUCCUCUGAAAGAGUCCUAUCCGCUGUCCUCAGUUCUCCUCCUCCUGGCAGCAGGAGUGAGCCAGAGUGACGGCGAGGGACAGGCCCGGACUGGCUGAGGCGGCACGACCGGCGGGGCGGCAGCUCUGGGACCCGACGCUCAGGCAGCACGUUCUCUCCUCAGGUCCAGAAUCCGUGUCCAGCCCCAGCCCCGCGACCUGCCUCCCCCGCAGAGAGAGGCCAAGCCAAGAGAGUGGAGCGGCUCCGCGGAGGACCCCAGAAAGACGGAAGAGGCGCGCUCCCUCCCACGGGAAAGACAGAUGUGGGGCUACUGAAAGGCGGGCAGAGAGGCGCGGGGCAGGCGGGGGAGAACAGGAGCGUGACCGGGAGAGGAAAGCUCUCCGGAGGGAGCGAACCAGACCACCGGGAGGUCCGCCGCGACGUCGGGCAGGAGCAGGCGCCGGGGAGAGGAGCCAGGAGGGGGCGUGCAAUUUGGCCCGAGGGUCCUGAGCUGAAACUCAACACCCGCCUUUAGAGGGAACGUCCCCCUUUCCCCUCCGCCCCUUCUCUUCCCCUCCCUUUUCCCCUCCCUCCUUUCUCUUAAUCCCUGGGACUGAGCCCCGCGCCGGAGCGGAGAGGGCCCGAGGGGAGGAGAGAGGAGCUGCACUGAGAGGGCGCCGGGAGCCCGGGAAGGGGAGGGAAAGGGAGCUGCGAGCCGGGGGUGAGCCUCGGGGCCACGCGCCACCCCUCCCCCCGGAGCCUUCCUAGUCGUCUCAGUGUCCCCCAAACCCCACCUUCAGGCGAGUCCGCAGGACCCUGGUCCCUGCUCCUCCUUCGCAUUCUCUUUGGUCCUUCUUUUGCUUUGUGGCCUUUCUCUCGGUUCCCAGAGACACCUGGGCUGCCCCGAGCCCUGGGGCGCGCGGAACGGCCCCACAAAGGGUGCGAGUGAGCAGGACGAGGGGGCUGGUUCCGAGGGCCAGGGGGCUGAGGGCUGGAGAGGGGCGGGUGGGCCCCUCUGGCGCGUGGGGAAGGCCGUUCCGCCCCUUCGAGCCGGGCCCUCGCGCGGGUGGCGAGGCGCCGUCGCCGCGCCCCCAGAUCCCCGGGCGAGUGUGCCUGCGUGGGAACCCGCCUCCCCAGCGGCCGCGGUCUCAGAGCCCUUCGGCGCCAGCCUGGCCUCCGCUCAGCAACUCGGAAGAGUUUAAAGAGGGACGAACGUCUCCGUCCUGAUCCCUCCGCCCUCCCUCGGCGCCGGACCCCAGCCCCAGGAGCACCGCACUCCAGGCCGGCUCCCGGCUAAGGAGGGUUGGCUCCUAAACUCGCUCGUCCAGCCCGACCGUCCCGGCAGCUUCUCCCUGCCCUCGGGGCCGUCCUGAGCGGCCCGGGGAGGCGUCGAGGCGCAGCCCCAGCUCCCGCCUCUUCUCCUUUCCCGGCCCUGGAAGGGAGGUUUGGGCCCAUGCGGACCCGGGGUGCCCCCGCGGCCUAGGGCAGGCAGCUCCCCGGCCUGGCCCACCCGGCGGCCCCCGGGAGGCCGCGGGACAGUGCAGAGCGCGCGCCCUUGGAUGAGGUCCCGCAGCGACGCCCUGGCCCGCCCCGCUCCUCCUCCUGCCCGACCAAGCUGCCUCCCAUUUGGGGAGUUUUGUGGGUUUUCUUUUUCCUCCUCCAACCUCCGCGGAGGCCACGACUCAGGCGCCGCUGCUGGGGGCCGCCUCCAUGGUGUGGGGCAGCCGCUGCUGAAGUCAGCGAAACAGCCUGGCCUGGAGCUGGCCACGCGGAAGGCCAAGGCCAUGGCCAUAGCCACGUCGGCUCAGCUGGCCCGGGCUCUGUACGACAACACUGCUGAGUCCCCACAGGAGCUGUCCUUCCGCCGAGGGGAUGUCCUCCGAGUACUGCAGAGGGAAGGCGCUGGUGGCCUGGACGGCUGGUGCCUCUGCUCCCUGCAUGGCCAGCAGGGCAUUGUGCCCGCCAACAGAGUGAAGCUCCUUCCUGCCGGCCCAGCACCCAAGCCUGGCCUCUCCCAGGUGCCCCCAGCCCAUCCUGGCUCACCACAUCCAGCUCCAGAGAACAGCAACGAGGACCAGGAGGUCUAUGAUGUGCCCCCCACUGCCCUCCGAAUUCCUUCCAAUGGCCCCUAUGACUCCCCAGCCUCCUUUUCCCGCCCUCUGGCCCGGGUGGCCCCAGAGCUCCCUGGAGAGGAUGAAGCUCCCUAUGACGUGCCUCUGGCCCCAAAGCCACCCUCAGAGCUGGAGCUGGACCUGGAGUGGGAGGGGGGCCGGGAGCCAGGGCCCCCCCUCUAUGCUGCCCCCUCCAACCUGAAACGAGCAUCAGCCCUGCUCAAUCUGUAUGAAGCUCCGGAAGAACUGCUGGAAGAUGGGGAAGGCGGGGUCACUGACGAGGGCAUCUACGACGUUCCCCUGCUGGGGCCAGAGACACCGCCUUCUCCAGAGCCCCUGGGAGCCUCUGCCUCUCAUGACCUGGACACCCUGGCCCUGCUUCUGGCCAGAAGCCCCCCAGCCCCACACAGGCCCCGCUUGCCCUCUGCCGAGAGCCUGUCCCGCCGCCCUCUGCCUGCCCUACCUGUUCCGGAGGCCCCCAGCCCUUCCCCAGCUCCCUCUCCUGCUCCGGGCCGGAAGGGCAGUAUCCAGGACCGGCCUCUGCCCCCACCACCGCCCCGCCUGCCGGGCUAUGGGGGCCCCAAGGUCGAGGGGGAUCCAGAGGGUGGGGAGGUGGAGGACCAUCCAGGAUACCACAAUGAGUAUGAGGGCAUCCCGAUGGCUGAGGAGUACGACUACGUCCACCUGAAGGGCAUGGAUAAAGCUCAGGAGGCCAGGCCCCCGGAUAAGGCCUCCCCGGGUGAUCCUGAACUGCUGGAGAGGGGGCAGCCAGAGCAGCAGGACCCCCUGUCCCCAGAAGAGCCACUGGUUCUGCCCGCCGGUGAUCUACAGCUCCUGCACUUCUACGCGGGCCAGUGCCAGAGCUACUACUCUGCUCUGCAGGCAGCUGUGGCAGCCCUGAUGUCCAGCACCCAGGCCAACCAGCCCCCACGCCUCUUUGUGCCCCACGGCAAGCGGGUGGUGGUGGCUGCUCACCGCCUGGUGUUUGUUGGGGACACCCUGGGCCGGUUGGCAACCUCUGGCCCUCUGCGAGCACAGGUUGGGGCUGCAGGCUCAGCACUGGACCAGGCCUUGCGGGCCACUGUGCUGGCUGUCAAGGGGGCUGCCCUGGGCUACCCAUCUAGCCCUGUAGCCCAAGAGAUGUCGCAAUGUGUGGCAGAGCUGGCAGGGCGGGCCCUGCAAUUCACCACCCUGCUCACCAGCCUGGCCCCCUGACCUCCUUGGCCCCCAUUUUGCCCUUGCCUGCCUGCCAGAGCCCCCCCUAGGGCCUUGGGUGGCUGGAGGGCUCCGUCUUGGGGACUAGGGGAGGGGGAGGCCCCUUCCCCUCUUCCUACCCCCUCCAGUCAUCUCAGCCUCUCACAGAGGCACUUUCUCCCCCUACCCUUCAGCUUUUUGUACAAGCCAUUUUGUAUAAAUUAUUUAUAUUUAAUGUUAUUCUCUGUUUUGCUAGGGGCAGGUGCCAGGUCCUCCAGGGUAGGGAGGAACUGGAGCCUCCUCCUCCCUCAGCCUGGGGUAGAGGUUCUUGGCGCCACACAGCCACCCACCUCUGGUAGCUUGGCCCCACAGAGAACCAGGUGGCUGAAGCCUGGGGCCACCUGGAGCCCCUUUCUUGUCCUAUGCCUUGACUAGAACAUCAGCACCUCACUGCCACCUGAGAGUGAGGGCGGGACAUUGGCCACCCAGAACAGGAAGGUCUGAGAGAGGCCAGAGGACGCCUCCCGGCAGGAGGUGGAGGAACUGGGCCUCCAGCACUGGUGUGCACCUCAAUAAACCCAGCUGUCUGGUUUCCUGACUCUGCUUCUUGAGAGCAUGGGGGAUAGACCUGUACCCUUGGCCAGAACAAUGGGACACCCACUGAGGGCAGGCUGCCUGUAGGGUCUUUUGGGAAAUUUUACUGUUUCUUUCACAGCUAUUCAUCUGGCAGGUUCUCAGCUCCCAUGAUGGGCUGGGCACAGUUCUGAAGGUACAUUGUGGGGGUGGGUUGGAUGUAAAUGAGUCAGCUAAAAUAAGUAAAUAAAAAAGAAACCUGCCACA